AUGCAAUCGAGUAGUCGAAAUGAAAUAUUGAAUAAACUAUAUAAAUGUAAUGAUUAUGCUGAAUUGAAAACAAACAAAGCACGUAUCGAUUAUCUGCUCACCAAAGUCAUUGAUUAUGAUCAAGCCAAAUCGGUAUUGAAAUCGAAUAUCGAUAAUGUACGACAAAAGAAUGGCAAAAACCUAGUGCUGGCAAAAGAAUGCAAAAUUGUAGCCGAUUUUUAUUUGCAACAAGUUUCAUUGGGUAAAAUUGAUCAUAAAUAUAAAAAUCUUCAACAUGCACUUGAAUAUUAUACACGUGCCAUACUGUAUAUGCCAUUAUUUGAAGAUGUACAAAUGUUUGCACGGCUUUAUGCACGUAAAUGUCAAGUACAUUUGCAAUUGGAUGAAAAUGAAUCGGCACUUUAUUCGAUUCGUAUGGCUUUGGAUAUAUUGAAAACAUAUGGCCAGAAUGAUUGUGUACCAAUGUCAACUAUAAUGAAUUAUACAAUAUUGCAAGUAAAUUGUUUGAAAAUACUGUCUCAUUAUACGGAAGCCAUCGAAAUGAUCGAUGAAAUGUUGAUGAAAUUGGCAAAAUUUCCUGAAUUAUCAUCCGAAGAACGACAGAUUGUAUCCACUGAUGAAUUGAUGAAAAUGAAAGAAAAUAUUCAACAAUUUAUCAGCAAGAACAACGAUGUAAAAGAAACGGUUACAGCAGCAGCAGCAGAACAACAACCUAAUGAUUAUUUCAAUUAUCGUAUUGAUCAUCGUUGUUUGAUACGACAAUCGCCAGUGGUUGGACGACAUUUUAUUGCUAAAUAUGAAAUACCGGAAAAAACAUGCAUUUACCAAGAGAAACCAUAUUCCAUUGUAAUUGAACAAGAUUAUCUGCAUAAAAAAUGUUCCACAUGUUUCAAAGAAUUGAAAUACAAAUUCUUUCCAUGUUUAUAUUGCACCGAGAUAGUAUUCUGCGAUCGUCAAUGUUUCGAACAAUUAUAUAACCUAUAUCAUCAUUAUGAAUGUGGUAUAAUGUCAAUAUUGAAAUCAUUAACAUCAGCUGCUGUGCAUGUAUUUCGUAUGGUAUCACGAAUCAGCCCUAUUGUUGCUUAUCAAACUGAAACCAGCGUAGCAUUGGAAGAUUAUUCUAUUGAUGAUUUCAUACAGGAAUCGAAUCAACGAUUAGUACAUGAAAAAGAUAAAACAAUGGAUGAAAAAAUACGGGCAUACAAAAUGUCAUCAAUAUUAUGGCAUCAUAAUACGAAACAUUCACAAUGGUCAAAUGUACAUCAUAUUGUUGUCGGAGUGGAGACGGCCAUCAUUUUGGAUCUGGUACACAAUAUGUCAUUGAAUAAGAGCAAAGAAUUUAUGUUAAAUUUUAUCGAUAUGGUUGUUGUCGGUAUUCGUCGUAUUAUUUUCAAUGUUUUUGGCUGGCAUGAAUAUAAUGAAGAUUGGUCAUUACGUGGUCAUAUUGCUAAUUGUCAAUGUUUGAUUGGAUCGCUGGUGAAUCAUAGCUGUGUACCGAAUACGAAUUGGGAAUUUAAAAAUGGUCAGAUUUCGUUAACAACAAAUCGUAUGAUUAAAAAAGGUGAAGAAAUCACCAUAACAUAUGGUCCAAAUAAAGAUAUGCCAUAUGAUCGACGGCAAGAACGUUUGAAUCAUUAUUUUUUUGCUUGUCGUUGUCAAGCUUGUCUGAAGGAUGCACUUUGUGGCUAUGCAUUACGUUGUAUUCAUUGUGGUGAUGACGACGAUAAUAAUGGUCCGGUUCCAUUUAAUGUACCAUUGAAUAAUGAACCCGUACUAUCUGGACAAUGUUUAUUGUGUUAAAAAUAUCCAGAUUUUCAAUCAAACAUUGAUGAAUAUAAAAAAUGUCUAGAUCAUUUACGGCAAAUUUCGCAAAUAAUUCCAUUGCAUCAAGACCCGAUCCUAUUGGAUAAAGCAAAAAAAAUGGUACAAAAAUUGGCCAAUCUUUCCAUUGUGCCGAAUCCGAUCGUCAGUAAAGCAUUGUUACUAUUUACAAAUAUCGUCAAAAUUGGUGAUAAAUUUUUGGAUUAUAAUGAAAAAUUACAACUUUGUUUGCUGGUGGAUUCAUUUUUGCCAGAAAAAUUUAACAACAUUAUCACUGGUGAUAAUGAUGUUGAUGAUAAACUAUUGAAAAAUCUUCUUUAUUGGUUCGAAUCACUAAAUGAAUAUAUUCGUUUCAUUCAAGAACAGCAGCCAUCAUCAACAUCAUUGCUACAAUUACCAACAAGUAUUGAAUGUAAAGCAUGGAUUUGUUUGAAUAAUUUCAAACAACGUUUAGAUUCUUUAUUGAAUGAUUGGAAAAAUGUGGAAAAAAUUACA